AUGGGCUUCCAACGAAAUGCAAGUGAUUUGUGCCUCUAUAAAAGUCGUCAUCAAGAUCCAUUAUUCAUUGUAGCCGUUUAUGUUGAUGAUAUUCUUCUAGCAACUAAAAGCAAGAAGAGAAUGGAAGUAAAACGAACUCAUGAAUCUCAAUUUCAAGUAAAAGAUUUGGGAGACCUGCAUUAUCUAUUGGGAGUUACUGUGACACAAAAUGAAGAAAUUAAGUCUGUUUGGUUAGGACAACCAAUGUAUAUUAGUACUCUUCUGCACCAUUUCGGUUUGCAGGAUUCGAAGCCUGUUGCUACACCAGUGAGCAGUGGUUUAAAGAUGAUGAAAGCAACUGCCCAGGAUGAACUAGUCAAUACCAGGGCCAUAGCAAGUGGUACCGCCGGUAAAUACAAUCAGUACUGGGUACUUGCUUUGUAUAUUCCAAUACUUUAUCACUCGCAUCUCGAGUAG